AUGGGCAGCCCAUCAGCAGCAGUGGCACAUGGGAAGGGGCCACUCCAUGACCCGACGUUGAUGGGAGACUGGGCGCUGACCCUCUCCCACAAGCGGAUCAGCACCGAUGAUGGGGGUUUCUUGAGACCCAUCAGCAGGGACAAACUCCCCGGGGACGAACAAGAACAAAGAAAUAACCGAUUAUCCAUUUGUGACAGAAGUACAAGGCUUUACCUAAAACCAACAACCUCAGACGAUCGUCUCUUCUUCCAUCCGAGCACCAAAGGGUUGCAGAUAAAGCUGGAUUCAUCCCAUCAGAAUGCUUGGAAAUCUGGAUUCUGCAAUGGGAUCACCUUCUCCAACUGCCCUGUCCUCAUUCAGGAGAAAGUGAGGUUGACGAUCACAAAGGUGGAUGUCACAUGGAAUGGAGCGUUGCGAUUAGGUUGCACCAUAUUUAACCCUUCCAUCAUGGAUCCUAGUGCACUUCCGAAGUUCAUCUGCCCAGACCUAGAAGACGUCUAUGGGUUCUGGGCAAAAGCACUACCACGGUAUGUACAAGAAGGAGUUGUCAUUUCUUUCUGGGUGAACAAUCAAGGCUUUUUCAUGUACAGUGUGAAUGAAGGGAGGGAAUACCUUCUUAUGAAAGAGUUGUUGGUGGCUCAUCCAUUGUGGGUGAUCGUGAAUGUGUAUGGAACAACAUGUGGAGUUCAGCUCCAAGGUAAGGAAUGA